AUGGGUGAACUAGCUUACUCAAAUGGCAUUAAUAGAGGAAAUGACAAAACCCAUUCACCUCCUAAUGGUUAUAGGAAGAGCUGCUGGUAUGAAGAAGAGAUUGAAGAGAAUCUUAGAUGGUGUUUUGCUCUCAAUAGCAUCUUGCAUACAGGAGCUAGUCAGUAUCAAGACAUUGCAUUGUUGGACACAAAGCCAUUUGGCAAGGCAUUAGUACUUGAUGGAAAGCUUCAAAGUGCAGAAACAGAUGAAUUUAUCUACCAUGAAUGUCUUGUCCAUCCACCUCUUCUUCACCAUCCUAUGCCAAAAAAUGUUUUUAUUAUGGGUGGAGGAGAAGGGUCUACUGCAAGGGAACUUCUCAGGCACAAGACCAUAGACAAAGUUGUUAUGUGUGACAUUGAUGAGGAGGUGGUGGAGUUUUGCAAAUCAUACCUAGUUGUAAACAAGGAAGCAUUCCAUGAUUCUAGACUUGAAGUUGUCAUCAAUGAUGCAAGGGCUGAACUAGGAGGCAAAGAAGAGAGGUAUGAUAUUAUAGUUGGAGAUUUGGCUGAUCCAAUAGAAGGAGGUCCUUGCUAUAAGCUUUACACUAAAGACUUCUAUGAACUCAGUCUCAAGCCAAAACUGAAGAAAGGUGGAAUAUUUGUGACACAGGCAGGACCUGCUGGAAUAUUCAGUCACACAGAAGUUUUCUCUUGUAUUUACAACACCUUGAGACAAGUUUUCAAGUAUGUGGUGCCUUAUUCAGCUCAUGUCCCAUCUUAUGCUGAUAUUUGGGGAUGGGUCAUGGCUUCGGAUUCUCCAUUGGAUCUUAGUGCUGAAGAACUAGACAUCAGAAUGAGACAGAGGACAAAUGGAGAGAAUAGAUAUCUUGAUGGAAAAACUUUUUUGUCAUCCUCGACUUUGAGCAAAGCAGUUCGUAAUUCGCUAAUCAAUGAAACUCAUGUAUACACGGAGGGAUCAGCUAGGUUCAUAUAUGGUCAUGGCAAGAAUGCUUAA